AUGGCUGCCCGUUGGUCAACGCUCCUCACUGCCGCAGCCAGUCUUUGCCAGACGGCUGUUGCGGAACCCGUAUUCCGCGAGACGGUCUCUUUUCAGGGUCCGUUUGAAGUCGAGAGAAACGGAGUUCGCAACAUCAACAUCGAGUACAAUGGCCCUCUCGAUGGAGAGCUAUCCCUUGUCUAUGGUGAUUGUGGCAUGAGAUCCCCCUUCGAAGCCCAUCACAAGAUUGGGCGGACACACAUUGGCUCUCACCCUGCUGCAAAGCGUCAUCUGGAAUGGACAGACCAAAGGCCUACAAAGUUUGUCUGGAUGGUUCCUGAGGAUGUGUCUUCGGGAUGCUUGCACGCCUUUGUUGACAGCCAGCUUGUCGGUCGCUCUUCAGAACAUUCUGUUAAGAGCCGCAAGAUGAGAAAGCGUGCGACUUUCGCCGAGGCCACGGACCCAAUGGGCCCCUGGUUUGAUGGCGUUGAAUACCUCAAGCAGAAGCAACCCGACGAUGUGUUUGUUGCAUCGGUAAAGAACAAAACGUUUGGUAUCUUGGGCGCCGGCAUCUCCGGUCUGCACACUGGCUUGCUACUCGACUCAGUCGGAAUUCACAACUGGAAGAUUCUGGAGUCUUCAGAAAGAAUCGGAGGACGUAUUCGCACCACCUAUCUGAACGGAUCAACUCCGGACGAGCAUCAGCACCACGAGCUGGGACCUAUGCGGUUUCCGCACAGCAUUUACGAUGCUGAAACCAACGAGACCUAUCCCAUCAACGAUCAGAAGAUGAUCUAUCAGCUGGCGGAUGUCCUCAACGAGAUUAACGCUGACGCGGAUCCUGCUCUCCAAGUCAAGUUCAUCCCGUGGAUCCAGGUUUCCGACAAUGCCCCUGUUGCAACCAAAGAGCGUCGUCCCGAUGGCACUGUCCCCGGUCGCAAGGAGAUCGCCGCCGACCCCUCCCUCAUGACCAACACGACCUACUCCAACGCUACCGCAGCCAAGGAAGCCAUCCAGGCUCUUGAUGACUUCAAGGCUUUGACGCCUGAGAGACGGAAGUUUUACGCUACCAAUGUCUUCAAGGCCCACAAGGAGGCUGUUGAAACUGGUAUGUUCGAUUUCUCUGAGGUCGAGUACCUGCUCCACGUUAUGAACACCGAUCUGAACGUGACUGAUGAGGUCACCCCAUCUCACGUUGUCUGGCCUAUGUGGGAGUUUGAGACUGUCUACUUCCUAGCCAAUGAGUGGCGCACCGUUGAUGGUGGUAUCAGCCGUCUCCCCGCUGCCUUCGAGAACAUUAUCAAAGAUCGCAUUGCCUACAAGACCAAGGUCUUCAGCGUCAAGUACAACGAGGAUUCCAACAACCUCAAUGUGACAUGGCGUGAGACUGGAGGCAACCCCUGGUCCAAGAACACUACGACCGAACAGUUUGAUUAUGUCUUCAACAGCGUACCGUUCAACGUACUCAAGUACUGGGAGCUGCCGCCUCACUCGAGCUUGAUGCGCCGCGCCAUUGAGCGCACAGUCUUCCUGGGUGCCGUAAAGGUCGCCAUGCAGUACAAGACUCGCUUCUGGGAGCACCUCGAGCACCCCAUCAUCGGUGGAUGUGGACGCACUGAUAUUUACGGCAUCGGUCAGAUCUGCUACCCUUCCUACAACAUCAAUGGAACCGGUCCCGGUGUCAUGCUUACGAGUUAUGCGCCUGACGCCGAUGCUGUUGUCGCUUGCUCCAUGCCUGUUGAGGAGCACAUUGCCUACAUCCAGCGCGCUAUGGUCGAGAUUCACGGCCCCAUUGCUGAUGAGAUGUGGACCGGCAACUAUGAGCGUCACUGCUGGGAGCAGGAUGAGCAUCAUGCGGGAGCUUUUGCCGUUCCCAUUGUUCCCCAACAACAGCUUUACCUGCCGGCCUUCUGGCAGACUGAGUUCAACACGGUCUUUAUCGGUGAGCACACCAGUUUCACCCAUUCGUGGGUCUUCAGUGCUCUUGAAAGUUCCACUCGUGGCACUGUUCAAAUGUUAUUGGAUCUUGGUCUCGUUGAUGAAGCCAAGCAGAUCACCAGAACGUGGAUGGCAAGGUGGAUCAGUGUUUAA